ACGAAAUCUUUUUGAUAACCCACGGAGCCCAGUGAGUUAUACGAGAGCCACUGCUCUUAUCUCAGCUCUACAGAUUUGAUUGCAUUCUCAAGACCGAGGAGAUGAGUUGGAGAUAGUUAUUUUUCCACAACAGUUUCUUCGCCUAUAUGGAGACAUUGAGUAGCACAAAUGUCCAACGCCACAAUCGCUGCAAUGGAAAUCGCUGGAUGGACCUCCGGACCAGACGGCAGAGGCACAUUCGACAUUAUUUGGAACAGCAUAAUUACUAUUUUUCUCUGUAGUUGGACUGUGCUUUGCCUCAACUUACCACCUGAGCACUUCAACGAGUGGUUAUGGGCGAGACAAAAGCUCCUUAUGACUUGCCUCGUUAUCGUCGGACCCGAAUUCCUCCUUCAGAUAUCCCUCGGGCAAUGGUUAUCAGCUUGUCGCUCAGUCAAGCAAUUCCAGGACUUGGGUCAUCGUGACUGGACGAUGAAACAUGCCUUUCUUGCUGAUAUGGGUGGCUACGUGCUGGAUUCCCCCGAGGAAAUCGUACAAUUCCCACUGACCGCCAAGCAAGUGCAAUAUCUGGUAGAACGGCGCUAUCUACAACCUGGAGAUGUGGUCGUGAAGCAAAAGCUCAUCACGGAUCGGAACAAAGGCGAUGGAAUGACCAGACUCAUUACAGUCUGCCAGAUUUCCUGGUUUUCCCUCAACUGCGUCGGGAGGUUAUCUCAGCGCCUUGCUAUAACUACAUUGGAGCUCACGGCUCUUGCAAACAUAUUCUGCACACUUGCCACCUAUUUUUUCUGGAGACAUAAGCCACUGGAUGUCAAGACAGCCAUUCCUCUAAGACCAAACACGGCGCUGCGUCUCAUCCUCAGCAAUGCCGUCGCAGCAGGAGAAUAUGACGGAAAGCCAUACAAGCGAUCACCACUCGAGUUCGUGGAACUAUCGGAUCCCCCGACAUCUUGGGACCUGUACUGGACAUACGGAAUGGGGUUUUUACGAAGUAUACACGUUGAGCCUCCUAGAAGUAAAAGACGACCGGUCGAAAAAAUCUCUGACGAUAGCUUCUUCACUCUUUCCGCCCCUUUGUCGCUCCUUUUGUUCUUCUUUCAGCUCAGUUUCGCUGCUAUCGACCUCGCUGGCUGGAACCUUUUCUUCCCAACAUCCAUAGAGAGAACACUAUGGCACGCAGCAAGCACGACGAUCAUCGUGUGCGUAGUUCUCUACUGGAUAGUCGAUCUCUACGUGUGGCAACUCCUGCCCAGCAUAUACGAAUGGUCACCGAACUUUCUUCGAUAUAAACGGCACUUGAAGCAGAGUAUCCAGCAACAUGUUCCUUCAAUCUAUCGCACCUGUCAUGCGACGGCUGUUCGAUUACGCAACAACACGCUUGACCACGAUCCUAGAUUCGACACACCGCUCAAAGCAGCCAUCCCUAUUGGCGUGUUUUGUGCUUUUUACUGCUCUGCUCGUGCGUUUGUGCUAGUGGAGAGCUUCGUCAGUCUGCGCCUGCUCCCUAAAUCUGCGUACGAGACGGUGCAAUGGACGCUUUUUAUCCCUCACUUCUAGAAUUAUGAAUAUUGAAGACGAUUUUCGGGUACAGUUUCCAGUUUAUACAUACUGUAAACGUCUUAACUGGAUUUCUUUUUCCACUCCGUACAAACGUCAUUGUCCCGCUAGGCGAGAGAGAUGUCAAGCUG